UUCUUCAAGGUGCUUCAUACAAGUAAGAAGACAGUUGUCUCCUUGCUGUCUCUUUAAAAGCAGCUCAAAGAGUUCUCGUUACUUCUGUGGAAAUUUUCUUUGUUUUAUUUUAAAUUUAUUAAUAGUGUGUGAAUAUUAAUUAAUUGUGUGUUCAUAUAUAUGUUAAUUUGUGAUUGUAUACAUCAUGUCAAAAAUUGGAAAAUACUUUAUUCCUAUCCAUCCAAUGGUGAAAAAACUUUUAAAGUGGAAACAAAAAGAAGUAGACAGAAGAUGGGCAACAAAAGCAGUAGAAACAUUAUUUAAAAGAUUGAAAAAAUCUAGAAAUUCUUUGGAAAAUUUAGAAUAUGCUUUAAGUAAUCCAGGCUGUCCGAGUGCAUGUGUAAUGAUGACUAAAAAUUCAGACGGAAGACUUCAAGUAAUGCAUCGUAAAGAAUUACCGCAUGUUAUUUAUUGUCGCAUAUGGAGAUGGUCGAGUCUUUUGUCACAUCAUGAAUUAAUGUCAACUGAUAUGUGUGAAAAUCCAUUUUCUAACAAAAGUCCGGAAGUUUGUGUUAAUCCUUAUCAUUAUCGACGCUUGGGCUCUCCAACUCCAAUACUAGUACCUCAUCUGGCAGAAAAUCAAGUAGUUCAACCACCUACGCAACCACCAAAACCUGUGGAACCAAGAUUGCCAUACAAUGUUUCUUAUGGUUUAGAUGGAUUUUCAACAUCACCUAAUAAUAGCAAUGAUAACGCCACAUAUAGUAAUCAUAAUAAUAUUCCAAAUAAUGAAGUCUACAACAAUAAUAUUCCCAAUAAUGAAGUCUACAACAAUAAUAUUCCAAAUAAUGAAGUUUACAACAAUAAUAUUCCAAAUAAUGAAGUUUCCAACAAUAAUAUUCCAAAUAAUGAAGUCUACAACAAUAAUAUUCCAAAUAAUGAAGUUUACAACAAUAAUAUUCCAAAUAAUGAAGUUUACAACAAUAAUAUUCCAAAUAAUGAAGUUUACAACAAUAAUAUUCCAAAUAAUGAAGUCUACAACAAUAAUAUUCCUAAUAAUGAAGUCUACAACAAUAAUAUUCCAAAUAAUGAAGUUUACAACAAUAAUAUUCCUAAUAAUGAAGUCUACAACUAUAAUAUUCCUAAUAAUGAAGUCUACAACAAUAAUAUUCCAAAUAAUGAAGUCUACAACAAUCAAUUGAUGAAUUAUAACGCCCAACCAGUAAGCACUCAUAAUGAAUUUCCUAACGCCAAUAAUCAAAUUGAUAAUUUGGACAAUUACAUGAUGGACUGUGCAAGUAAUUAUAAUGCAGCUGGAAAUAUUAAUUACGGAAAUGAAUAUAACAACCUGAGUAAUGUUAACAGUGGAUAUUUCACAAAUGAAAAUUGUAAUGCAGCAAGCAAUUUUUAUAAUGUUCAGCCCGAUCAUUACAAUGCUGUAUCUCUAGGUCAAUUGGAUAAUUCAAAUGCAAUUCCUCAAAAUGGAAUGUCUUCAAUGGAUGUACAAAAUGUAAACAAUUUUCCAGAAUCACUACCUCAAAUACAAUCUGCAAACAAUUGUUAUGAUUAUCAAAAUGCAAUACAACCAGCUCUUCCACCAAUGCAAAUGAACAAUCAACCUCAAAAUGUACCAAGUACGCCUAUAAAUUAUAUAGAGCCUAAAUUUUGGGGUUCCAUUGCUUAUUAUGAACUUAAUAAUAGAGUUGGUGAAAUAUUUCAAUGUGAUCCUAUUUCGAUCAUAGUUGAUGGCUUUACAAAUCCUCAUGGAAAUUCUGAAAGAUUUUGUUUAGGAAAGUUGUCAAACGUCAAAAGGAGUAUAACCAUUGAAAAUACUAGAAGACACAUUGGCAAGGGGCUUGGAUUACAUUAUUACAACGGAGAACUUAUAGCUGAAUGUUUAUCGGAAGCAGCCAUUUUCAGUCAAUCACGAAAUUGCAAUUAUUUUAAUAAUUUCCAUCCAACUACAGUCUGCAAAAUUCAACCUGGAUGUAGUUUGAAAAUAUUCAGUACUGAAUAUUUUGCAGACCUGUUGAGGCAAAGCGUUCAUCACGGAUUUGAUGCAGUUUAUGAACUUACUAAGAUGUGUACGAUAAGAAUGUCAUUUGUAAAAGGAUGGGGAGCAGAAUAUCAACGCCAGGACGUUACUUCGACACCAUGUUGGAUAGAAAUUCAUUUAAAUGGACCACUACAAUGGCUAGAUCAAGUUUUAAAUCAAAUGGGAUCAUCUGUUCAUCGAAUCAGUUCUGUAUCUUAAAUGUUCUUUUGUAAUUUUACAUUACAAACAUUUUAAUAAGCGAAAAAUUUUUAAAAAUUGAAUGAAUUUACGGAAGGAAAUUUCUACUUAAGUUAUAAUAAGUACAGUAGAACUUCAUUUUUUCAAUUAACAUGAGAGUUAUGUAAAAAAAUUAUAACCAUUUCAAUUGGGAAAUCGAUUUCUACGAGGAUUAGCUUUUUGUCACAAUAAAAAUAUUUUUCGUCAUACCCGCACGGAAAGUUCACUUUUCCAUUGGAGAGGGGUUGAACUUUCCACGCAGGUAUGACGAAAAAUCAUAUUCAGCCCUAGAGAAGACAAUUAGACUAGCUUAAACCACGUGUUUACUAUUUUACACGUGGUUUGAGCUAGACUACUUUCCCUCCCUAGGUGUGAAAUGUACUAUUACAUAGAAAGCUUGAACCUCAAACCCUUUUGAUUAAUUGAAAUUAUGAAUGUUACGAUUAAUUAUCGAUUGAUUCUCAUUAAGUUAUUUUAUAAUAUAAUCUUUGUAGGAUAUUAAGUAUUUAUGUACUAUGUA